CUCUCGUAAAUCAGGAUCGGGUCUAGAGUUCAACGACCUUCUGGAAAUAUUGAAAUCUUUCGAGAAUUUUCCAUUGUCAAAUCUUCUACAUAGGGGUAGUCCCGCAAUACACCAUAAGAUGUCGGUUUUGUCAGCCAAUGCCAGUAGGUGUCAGAAUAUUGAGAAUAAAAUUGCGGUAUCUACAUUUUUAGGAUUUAAAACAAGAAAUCAUUCAAGCUAGACAUCAAAUUUCAAUGAUCGAUGUUUGUGGUGUUACUGAAAAAAAUAAGAUCAAAACUCACAUUGAUAAUUUGAAUACGCACAGGGAAAAAUUUGACGAGCUCUUUGCAAAAGAUCGAAAAGAUAAAGAAGCGAAGGUAGAAGAAUUGGUAAAACAAAAGGAACGAGAUAUUGCUUUAGAAAAUGAACAACAGGCCGAGGAAAUCGCCGCUGUGGAAGCAGAGUGCGAGGCUAUAGAACAGGAGUGUGCUGUACUGCAGAAAAGAAAUAACGCUAUAAUGUUAAAACUAAGGCGUAAGUUAUUGGAUUCUGAGAAUAUUCGACGCAAGUUGUUGAAACAGCGCGAAAGUACUCCGGCGAAGGAAAACAAUAUUUAGUCAAAUUAAAUAAAUAACUAAUAUUGUAGUUAUAAUUGAACUAUUACCUACUAAUGAAUUAUAAUAAAUACAUGUCGUGAUAGUUUCUUAUAA